CUAGAGCUGCCAGACGUCUGCUAGCAGUUUAGUCGCCGGUCAUACGGCGAACGAAACAGAACUGAGCCUUUUAGAAAUAGUUUAUUGCAACGUCCAAAUUAGUAUAGAUAAAUAUAGUAGUAAGGAAGAAAAGGAGGUCGAUGAGUUUAAAUGUUCCUACUUAAUGGGCGUCUUGAACGCAACAGCCGCCAAUGUCUCGUGUGCGUGUGACUGCACGCGCCUCAGCUCCGUGCACGUCAUGGACAUCAUGGGAAUACCAACAUCCUGGAGGAAGACCACUACUAUGCAGCCUUCAUCAGGGACUCACAACCAUGACAACUGUGUGCAGACACAACUGUGUGCCCAGCUGGAGUUUGUCCAGAUCCUGGUGAUCGUGGUGGUGAUGAUGGUGAUGGUGGUGGUCAUCACCUGUCUGCUCAACCACUACCGCCUGUCGGCGCGCUCGCUGCUCUCCAGACACACCUCCACGCGCAGGAGACACCUGACGCUGGCCCAUGAGGCGGGCCUUUGGAGCUCGGAGGGGGCGGGGCCAAGUGGCGUUCUGAAUGAGCAGCAGCAGCAGGCGUACAACCCCCGGCCCCUAGAGAGAGGGACCCCUGCGUCCUACCUGCUGCGGGACCCUCAGCAGAGUGUGCCGCAGCGCUUCCAGAACGCGUACGGGGCGGGGCGCUUCCAGCCCACGUACCCCUACCUGCCCCAGGACCUUAUCGACCUCCCACCGACCAUCUCUCUUUCUGACGGGGAGGAGCCGCCGCCCUACCAGGGCCCCUGCACCCUGCAGCUCCGAGACCCAGAGCAGCAGAUGGAACUGAACCGCGAGUCAGUGCGAGCACCGCCCAACCGAACAGUGUUUGACUCACACCCCCUGGACACGCCCACUUCCUGCAUGCACGCCAGCCUACAGGCCCCUCCCCCGAGCGUGCGCGCCGGCAUCAGCGCAUUGGAGGCACUGGAGGCGGUCCGGCAGCACAAGCAGGAAGGAGCUCCCCCCACCUACAGCGAGGUGAUUGGACACUACUACCACCCCAGGGCCACACCCACCGGCCACGCCCAUCAGGCGCCUCCGUCCUCGCUCAUACAAGGCGUCCCCCAACUCCCGCCGCCAACCAGCCUGGACAGGCAGAAUGCCAGGAACACCGAAGAGAAAUCGUAGAAUCCUCGGCAAGUGCGAGAGCGCUUCAGAGGUCAUGCUCGCACCACUGGGUCAGUAACCGUGACGACCAACCUGCACUCUGAUUGGUUGGAAUACGAGGUGAGAUGAUAAGAGGAGAACCUUUAGCACUUCACGACGACAAAAGUGGAUCUAGAAGCUUCCUCCCUCAGACCCAUCUCAUCUUUAAGAUAUACACUUCUUUCUUUUGCAACUUUUUUGUUUUUUUGCUUUAACCCACAGUAGCCGCUAGCACCCAGACAUGCUAGUAUCAGGCGGUGCUAGCACACACAAUCCUUUCUCGAAAAAGUCUUGGGCUGUGUCUCAAAUCGAAUACUUUCGUCAGUGUUGAGCAUGCAGUGCAUUAUUACUGUUGCACACUUUCCGGAAAUGGCGAGCGCAAUAUAUACCUUCUUUGUAUUCCUCCUCCUAUCCGUUGCAACCACUCAAGUCAGCCAAAAUGGCGACCAUUGGUGGUGGUAACUCACCAUUACCACAGUUUCUGGGUACUGAAAGUCUUAGUAUGAGU